GUUAACACUUCUUAUACAAAGAUUGAAUCGGUCACAACAAGGGACUUCUUGUACAAGAAAUGACUUCCAAUACUUCACUUUGUGACAUCUGUAGCCUCCGUUAUAUUUCCAAUCCAUCUACCCACUGGUGCCAAGACUGUGACGAGGCUCUUUGUUCAGACUGUAAGGAACAUCAUACAUUAUCAAAGGCAACCCGUGAUCAUACAUUUAUUCCAAUUGCUGAUUAUAAGAAAUUGCCUGUCUUUAUUACCGAUAUCAAACCAAACUGUGAAAUACACAAUGAAAAAUAUCAAAAUUAUUGCCAGAAGCAUGACUGUCCGAUUUGCUACAAAUGUAUUCAGGACCAUGUCAAAUGCACGGACAAUAUUGUACCACUCGAAAUGGUUACUCAGCACUUCAAAACGUCUCAUAUUUUCGAUGAUUUGACGCAGAGUAUUUCAGAUUUAGAAACAAAUAUCAAACAGCUGCGGAAAGGCCGUGAAGAUAAUUUGGUUGAAAUAGCAGAUCAAUACAAAUCAUCAGUCAUGAAAAUUAAAGAGUUGAGAAUAAAAGUGAAUCAUAAUCUUGAUAGCAUUGAGCAAGAACUGAUGUCGCAGCUCAAAGACGCUGAGUCCAAAUGUAGUCAAGAAAUAAAAGAAAUUCUACAAUGUCUGAAUAAAGUAGAACUGGAAAUUUGUAAUUAUGAUAGCACAUUAAAAGGUAUAAAACAACAUGCUUCAGAACUACAAGUGUAUCUGGUGACGAGAGAAAUCGAAAAGCAAGUGUCCGAACAGGAAAAAAAAUUGAAGUCCAUGAUGGAAAACAAACUUUUUGAUUAUUUCACUUUCAGUUUGGAGAUACACUCAGAAAGGGAAAACAUUUUAUCUGAUCUGUGUGGCACAGUAUCUGUAGAAAAAAACCCAACCAAAGACAAAUUAAUUUACAGUAAAUCAAGACAAGCUCAAAUUUUGUCAAACGUUAUUAAUUCUUUCGAUAAUAUUAAGUUAAGACGAAUUCAAAAGUUUAAUCCUGGAAGUAAGAGCGUUACCGGGUGUAUCAUCCUCCCAGACGGACGAAUGGCUUUUACUCAGUACCAAAAAAAUCGAUUGCUGAUCAGGAAGGCAGACGGAAAUCUUGAUUUCGAAAUUCAAUUGUUAGAAAAUUGCACAUUUGACUUAACUGUAGUGGACGUUGCUACUGUUGCUGUAAGUUCUGGUGCGUCUAUGUAUAAACCACAUAUCCAGUUAAUUGACAUAAAUUCGAGGGAAAAAACAAACUUGAUACAUACGAAAUCCAGCUGCUAUGGGAUAGUGUAUGUUGAUGAAACAUUAAUAUGUUGUGGUAAUGUCCCAAAUGGAAUAUAUAAGAUUGAUUUAAAAAGUAAUCAAACGAGCGUCAUUAGUAGCACAAUUGUAUCAGCGACAAAGUCAUAUAUAGCAUACUUUAACAGUAAGUUCUACGUAACGAAUGACCGAGAGCACACUAUUACAUGUUUUGAUAACCAUGGUACUGUUAUCUGGACUUACGAGGACAGGAUAAACAUUAUAACUCCACAAGGUGUUUCAAUUGAUUCCAACGGGAAUGUGUUUGUAGCUUGUUUUCAUUCGAAUAAUGUUAGUGUGAUAUCGCCAGAAGGAAGCCGUGCAAAACAAGUUCUUGACCAUAAAGACGGAUUACAUAAUCCAAGUGCACUGCAUUAUGAGCGUACUACCAAUCGACUUCUUGUUGCUAAUAACAAUGGCACGGUAUGUUUGUUUGAAGCGUAGUAAAAGUUACUGAUUUGAGUGAAUGAACGUUAUGGGAUACUCAGUUUUCCAUCAUUUGUCAUCUUUUAUAUAAAGAUUGCGAAUAAGACCAGGUAUAUUCUUAUCUAACUUAUUUUGCAAAUCUAGGGAAUUGUUUAUAUAAGAAAUGGAAAGACCGGCGAUUUUUAACAUUGAAACAAAAAAGUGCAUAACAUAGAAACUUUUAACAGAGAUUUUUUAGGAAAUAAAUUGUCUUUCCAUUGAUAAAAAGAUAUUUGAUUUGUCAUUUCUUGUUAUUUGGCAUCUCAAAGUAAAAGUUACUAAGUUUAUACAUUGGAAUCAUACACAACCAUGUUUGACUGAUUUUACAGUUUCAUGACUUGUUUGUUUUGUUCGUUAUGGAAGUCACCAUUCUUUGUAUUGUUUAACUGAUAACUUGUUUUAAAGUUUCAUGUAAUUUUUGUUCUUGGCGGUAGUCACCUCUUUUUUUUUGUUGUUUAUGUACACUUAAUUUUUCAGAUGCAUAAAAGUUUUAAAAGGUAAAGCUCGAAAAACUAAAGCGGCUUCUAUAGAUAUGACAACUUUUAGAAUAUUAAUUUUACAUUUUCUCUUAAGUGGUUUAUUGUAUUGUAUACGAAUAAUUGGGGGUAAACCAUAAGUUUGUUUUCUUGUCAUUUCAUUCACAAAUAACGUAGCGUCCCUCUUAAAAAAAAGAUUUUGAGUCUUUCAAAUUUCAAAUAAAUAAUUCUCCAAAAAUAUUGGUAAUGCUGCGAAAACUUACCAUCAUUUUUUUUUAAAUUUGCAGCAUGGUCAUUUUUUAAUUUGUCUUUUCACCUUCUUUUGAUAUUCAAAACACAUCAACAAAGUUUUGUAUUCGUUAUAUUGUUAAAUAAAGUGUCAUUUUACGUUUUAAGGCGCUGUUUGUGGAAUUGUAUUAAGAAUCCUUGAUUGUAAUCUAUAUCAUGUUUGUAAAUAAAUAUACACACAUGUU